AUGAAGGAUUUUGCGGCAGGAUUGUUAGCUGGCAUUACAAGUUCAGUUGUAGUUCAUCCAAUUGAUACGAUUAAAGUCAUGAUGCAAUAUCAUUCUACACAUAGUAUACAUAAAGCAGCUCACUUAAUUAUUCAAUUAAAUUCAAUAAAAGGUUUUUAUCGUGGCUUACCACCUCAAUUAUUUCUUCAAUGUGCAUCUCAAACAUCAUUUUAUGGUUCAUAUGCAAGUUGUCUUCGUUUCUUAGGAGCGGAUCUUGAUAGUGGAAAGCCUAUAUCAUUGUUGCACAAUUUUAUUGCUGGAUCUUUUGGUGGUUUUGUACAAGCAUUUCCAUCGUGUUUCCUUGAACUGCUGAAAAUUCGUUUACAAACAACAAGUCAUCAACAAGAAGCAAAUGUUUAUCAACUGUUUCGUCAUAUCAUCAAAACAGAAGGAGUUCGAGGUCUUACACGUGGUUUGCACGCAACUAUUUGGCGAGAUUCACCUACUUAUGGCGUUUAUAUGAUGAUAUACGAUCCAUUAAAGACCUUUAUACAUGCAUCAACACAUAGUGAAUUAAUCAGCUGUUUAAUAUCAGGUGGAACCGUUGGUGUUAUCAGUUGGACAUUAGCUUGUCCAGCUGAUAUAUGUAAAAGUAAACAACAAGCGGGCUUUUCAAAUAAAAAUUUAUAUCAAUCAUUUGUGGAAAUUUACCGAAUAGAAAACGGUAUUCAUGGCUUUUAUUGUGGUUGGACUGCAAUAGCUGCGCGAGCAUUUUUACUUAAUGCAAUAUCACUCUAUGUUUGGGAUCGCACUAGACGUUGGUUUUGA